AUGGCGAAUUCCAAGUUCGAAUAUGUAAAGGCUUUCGAGCAAGUUGACACCCUUCUUCCAAACACAUGGAUUGUGGUUCGUAUCGACGGCAGAGGUUUCACAAAACUAUGCGCCAAGUACCAGUUCGAGAAGCCGAACGAUAAAAGGGCGCUCGAUCUCAUGAACGCGGCCGCGCGCGUGGUGGUAACAGAACUUCCAGACAUCACCAUAGCGUAUGGUGUGAGCGACGAGUACAGUUUCGUCUUCCACAAAUCAUGUACGCUGUUCGAAAGAAGAGCCAGUAAGCUAGUGAGCACAGUGGUAUCAACGUUCACGGCCAACUACAUCUACUUGUGGUCACAAUACUUCCCUGAUACCCCGCUUUCACCACCUCUGCCAAGUUUUGAUGGCAGGGCGGUUUGCUAUCCCACUGUCUCAAACCUGAGAGACUACAUGAGCUGGCGUCAGGUUGACUGCCACAUCAACAACUUGUACAAUACAACAUUUUGGUCCUUGAUCCAAUUAGGCGGCUAUGACAACAAGACAGCCGAGCAAAUGCUUGCGGGCACCGUCUCCGGCGACAAGAAUGAGAUUCUCUUCUCAAAAUUCAACAUCAACUAUAACAAUGAGCCUGAGAUGUACAAGAAGGGCAGUGUGAUCUUCCGAGACUACGAACUCGUCGAGCCCGGAACUCACAAUGCGUCCGAAGCCGCAGAUGCCCUGGCCGAACCAACGCAACAGAGCAAGUCGCAGGCCGAGAAGGAAAAGAAGAAGCGCAACAAGGCCCGCGUCGUGAUAGAGCAUCUGGACAUCAUCAAGGACGACUUUUGGGACAGGAGGCCGUGGCUGCUGUCCAACAAGCCGGGCAAGACGCCCAAAGAACCUUAG